AUGUUAAUAGGAUUGUUUGCUGCUGGACAUGAAGCUACAGCAACUGGGAUCAUGUGGACUAUCAUAUACCUUACAAACCAUCCACAUUUCCUCAAAAAAGCCAAGGAAUUUUCAUUAGAAGAAGUAUCUAGUAUGAAGCAUCCCGUUGAGCUGUUGAAAGAAGUGAAGAAGGUUUCUUUUACAGCUAUUGUCCAUGUUUUUAUGGGCUCUUGUAAUCAUAACGUUGUUAAAAAGAUUGAAAGUUUAUUUGAGGAUUUGAUGAAUGGCUUGAACUCUCUUCCCAUUAAUGUUCCUGGUUUUACUUUUCACAAAGCACUCAAGGCACAAGAGAAGAUAGUGAAAAUAUUAGAACCUGUUGUGAGUGAAAGGAGGAUGAAGAUAAAAAAUGGGCAACAUAUGGGAGAGAAAAAGGAUUUUAUGGAUAUUCUAUUAGAUAUGAAAGAUGUGAAUGGUAGAAAAAUGAAGGACGGAGAUAUUAGUGAUUUAUUAAUAGGACUAUUAGCUGCUGGACAUGAAUCUACAGCAACUGGGAUCAUGUGGGCUCUAAGAUUUAGUAGCUGA